AUGACCAGCCCCCCUUCUUUCGCAGCCUGGAACACUCGGGGCUUCAACUCCCCGGACAAAACCCUGUGCUGUAAAGACCUUGUCAAAAAAUUUAAUCUUGACCUGCUUUUCAUUCUUGAAACUCGUAUCUCUCUUGCUAACUCCACCAACAACUGGUUCCUCUCCACCCACUCUAUUUUUCCCCAUGAAGGAUCUUACGAUAACUUCAACUGUGCAUCACCGGGCAGGAUUUGGAUAAAAUGGAACUCACUUAAGGUGACUUUCAAGCCGCUUGUUACUUCUAGUCAACUGAUACACGGUUUGAUCUUUUCAAACCUUAACAAUAAUUUCUAUGUCACUGUGGUGUAUGCCGCUAACUCCAUGGAGGAUCGAAAAGCUCUCUGGAAAGACAUUUAUGAUAUAGCCAACUCUAUUUCUAUGCCUUGGAUCAUUCUAGGUGAUUUCAAUUGCUGUAGACAUUCCAACGAAAAAGCGGGUGGCUCUUUGCUUCACAACAGUAAAAUUAUGGAUUUUCAUAACUUCAUUUUUAAAACCGGGGUCCAUGACCUGUCCUCGGUGGGUCAUUUUUUCACCUGGUACAACCAGAGGGCUGAUAACCCCAUCCACAUCAAGCUUGAUAGGAUGCUUGUCAAUGAUGCAUGGCUGGAUUCCUACCCGAACUCUUUUUACAUUGUGGAGGACCCCCUAAUUUCUGACCACUCUCCUAUUAUCCUGCAGCAAGAAGCUACCCCACUAAAUAAAAGGAGGUUUCAAUUCAAGAACUACUGGACUCUAAAUCCAGACUUUUGGAAUGAGCUUAUUUCCAUUUUUUCACAAAGAUAUCACAGCAGCCCUAUACACUCCUUCUACCAGAAGCUUAAAACCCUCAAGCUCAUUAUCAAGUCCAAAACUUGGUCCUCCUCUAAUUCCAUUAAGAGAGAUAUUGAUGAGUUAACCCAAAGCCAAAGUUCCAUUAUUUCUCAGCUUCAGACUUGUCCGCUUGAUCAAGAUCUAAAUUUGGCUUUAACUGACAUCAAUCAUAAGCUUGCCGAGAGAAAUGCAAAUUGGACUGACUGGAUUAUUCAACGGGCUAAAGCUAAAUGGCUGUCAUCUGGGGAGGAUGACCUUAAAUUUUUGUAUUCUCGUAUUAAUGUUAGACAUAACAUUAACUUGAUCAAAGUCAUCUCCACCAAUUCUGGCACUUUCUCCUCUAAAUCUGAGAUUUCUAAUGCUAUCAUUCAACAUUUCUAA